GGUUUUAAAUCAAGAAACCAUGUCUGAUAGUGUACUUAGUGAUCCAACAAUGUUAAUUUCAACACCGGAUGUAAUAAUUAUCUCAACGGUUCCGGUGACACAAAUAUCCAGCGAUGAGCUAGAUUCGGUGACGUGUGACUGUUGCGGAUUAACCGACGAGUGUACAGAAUCGUACACAGAGAUGAUAAGAGAGCGUUACAUAGGGAAAUGGAUCUCUGGAUUUUGUUCUGAAGCUGUGAAGUACAAAGUCAUGAGAACAAAAAGAUUUUUAACAACAGAAGAAGAAGCUAUGGCGAGACACAUGAACAAGUGUAAUAAGUUCAAAUCCUCAAGCCCACCAUCGAAUCUGACAAGACAUUUGAUCUCUGCGAUGAGACAGAUCUUGAGAAAAAGCUUAGAUUCACCAAGAAUGCUUAGAUCUAUGCCUAAUAGUCCAUCUAAAGACGAUCAAGAUAAUCAUCAUGAUUGUGUUUCUAAUGUUUUGUCUAGGUCUGAUAGCUGUUUCGCUAGUUUGACUUGAAAAAGCUCAUCGUUGAAAAUAUUGUUUAAAACCGACGGUUUAGGGACCCACUUGAAUCAAAUCCGGUUUUCUGAUCUGAAAAUUUCGUCAGUAAACCAAAAAUUGGUCUAUGUAUGUGUUUUUGCCGGAUUUGUACUUGUGGAAAUUUUUGGGCUAAAAGAAUAAUAUGGUGCUCUGUGU